CCACCCGACCGUUUCAAUAGAAAGCGCUCCACCCAUCUCUCUCUCCCUCCCUGUCUCGCCGAGAUUCUCUCCCCGUAACCCCCCGCCUCUUCUCUCUCUCUCUCUCUCUCUCAUAUAUUCAAUGGCUGAUCAGACCAGCAACACAUCGAUAAUGGAGUCAAAGCCUGCACACCCACUCCACCAAAUCGCAGAAACCCCAACCCACAAGCUCCUUCUCAAGCAAUGGCUCAAAGAAGAAGAACUAAUUCUCAAUCGAACAGCCCUCAAAGAGACCCAAAUCGACUCCGUCCGUAAGGAACUAACCCAACUGUACUCCUUCUUCUUCCUCUUCCACUCCACCGCGUUAGUCCUCCUCUUCAGCGCUUCCUCGAGGGGCCCGCAGUCCUCAUCCUGCCACAGAUCUUGGAUACCCUCUCUCUGUUCCCUCCUCCUCUCUCUCGGGAUGAUCUGGGCCGUCCGGUACAAGACCGACGUGGAGGGUCACUUGGAGAAGCUGUUGGAGAGGGAGAAAGAGGAUGGGAAGCUGUUGGCCAAGUGUGUUGAGGAGUUAAAGAGAAAAGGGGUGGAGUUUGAUUUGUUGAAGGAAGUUGAUGCGCUGAGAAGGGCUAAGAGUUUGAGGGUGGAAGCGAAAGCCGUUCGGAAGUGGUCAGCCAGGGACUUUGUUUGUCUGUUUUUCUUCACAGUUUCUUGCCUUGUUCUGGGUCUUACAAGGGUCAUUCUCUGUAGUUAGGGGUUAGAUAUUGGGUUUGGGCAAAAGGGUAAUUGUUUUUUUUUUUUCUCUCUGGAAGUUGAAUUAAAAUUGUUUUUGGGAUGGUAGAGCUUCAUGGUUAAUGGGAUUACAUAGCAAAACAUAGGCAAUUGGAGGAAAGAGGGGAAAGUAGAACACACUGUUCUGAUCUUGUAUUUUGUGGAAGUUCAUUUUGGUUCUAUCGAAUAAAUUUUCCAUUCUGCAA